AUGACAACCUCAGAGAAGUUCCUACAGCCGUCUAUUCCGAGAUUUGACGGCCACUACGACCAUUGGUCGAUGUUGAUGAAGAAUUUCUUGAGGAGCAAGGAGAUGUGGAACCUGGUACAUGAAGGGCUUCCUACACCGGUAAUAGGAACAGCACCGGCGAGUGAGGCACAGAGGAAGAGUGUCGAAGAAGCCAAAAUCAAGGAUCUGAAGGUCAAAAAUUUUCUAUUCCAAGCAAUAGAUAGAGAGAUCUUGGAGACCAUUCUUGAUAAGGGGACGUCGAAGGCAAUUUUGGACUCGAUGAGGCAGAAAUAUCAGGGGUCCACCAAGGUGAAGCAGGCACAACUCCAAGCGUUGCGGAAAGAGUUCGAGUUGUUGAACAUGAAGGAAGGAGAGAAGAUAGAUAGUUUCUUGGCUCGCACCCUAACUGCGGUGAACGAAAUGAAGGUGAAUGGUGAAGUCAUGGAGCCUAGCAUGGUGGUUGGUAAGGUUUUGAGAUCAUUGACACCCAAGUUCAACUAUGUUGUUCGUUCCAUUGAAGAGCUGAAUGAUCUGAACACUAUGAGCAUUGAUGAGCUUCAUGGAAGUCUACUUGUUCAAGAGCAAAGAAUGCAGGGCUAUCAGGAGGAGGAACAAGCCCUGAGGAUUUCGACAACUUCAGAAGAAGGGUUUAGCCAUCUUAAUUCAGCAUGUGAACUAAAUGGAGAGGAGCAGAAUGAAGCAACUGAAGGUGAGAAUAUGAAUACCGCAAGCAGUAGCUCCAAUAGCAGUUCGAGUGGUACAACUCCAAAUGAAGAGAAUGAUGUUCUAGUUGAAGGGAGGGGUACAAGAAACAUGAGAGAAUCGGCCUAG